GUGCCUCGCCAUGGCUGACCAGCUGACCGAAGAACAGAUUGCAGAGUUCAAGGAAGCCUUCUCCCUCUUUGACAAGGAUGGAGAUGGCACCAUUACCACCAAGGAGCUGGGGACUGUGAUGAGAUCGCUGGGGCAAAACCCCACUGAGGCGGAACUGCAGGACAUGAUCAAUGAGGUGGAUGCUGAUGGCAAUGGGACCAUUGACUUCCCAGAGUUCCUGACCAUGAUGGCCAGAAAGAUGAAGGAUACAGACAGCGAGGAGGAGAUACGAGAGGCCUUCCGUGUCUUUGACAAGGAUGGGAAUGGCUACAUCAGUGCUGCUGAGCUGCGUCACGUCAUGACGAACCUGGGGGAGAAGCUGACUGAUGAGGAAGUGGAUGAGAUGAUCCGAGAGGCGGACAUUGAUGGAGACGGCCAGGUCAAUUAUGAAGAGUUUGUACAGAUGAUGACUGCGAAGUGAAGGCCCGGGCAGCUGGCCAUGCCCGUUCUCCUGAUCUCUUCUUGCGCUCUCCUCUCUUCAACACUCCCCUGCGUACCCGGUUCUAGCAAACGCCAAUUGAUUGACUGAGAAUCUGAUAAAGCAACAAAAGAUUUGUCCC